AUGAGGAACGGCUGGGAGGGUGAAGAAGGCUGGACUCCGUCUGGGGGACGUGAGAGGUGGAAGGAUGGGGAAGGGCUGGGAGAGGUGAAGAAGGCUGGGCUGCGGGAGGCAGCAGCCGGCAGCCGCCGCGACCGUGAGCGCUGCCGUCGGGAGAGGGCAGCCGCAGCCUGGGGAUGUGCAGAGCGAGCCGGGACUGGAGCUGCAACCCCAGCUGAGACCAAAAGCAUCUCCAAGCCCUUUGAAUCCCUUUAUUUUGGGGGGAGCAAGAAGAAAACCUCCUCAUCUCCCUACGCAGUAGCCAGACGUCCCGGUCCCGCAGCAGCCCUCCCCCGGGAGCAGGGCUCCGAGCCUGCUCGCACCGGCGCGCAGAUGGCUCGGGGAAUGUUUGUGCUGCUCCGGGGCCAGGGCAACGGCUCCCAGCUGGAAGAGGAGAAGGGGAACAGGGCAGGAGGUGGAUUCCCGCUGCUGAUAAGGAAUUUUCCACGUCUUCGCGGCCCCGAGGGGCUCCGCAGACCGUCCCGGGGCUGCCCUGAGGGCCCGUUCGGCUCCGUCAGGCUCUUCCCGGGGCUGGCCUGGGACUCCCGCAAGAGCCGCAGCCCCGGGAGCGGGAUGGAGGUGACCGAGGGACCCCAGCGGGAGCUAGGGGGGGACCGGAGCGUCAUGGCACAGCCGGUCUCAGCCUUCCAGGCUGCCUACAUCUCCAUCGAGGUGCUCAUCGCCCUGGUGUCCGUGCCUGGCAAUAUCUUGGUCAUUUGGGCUGUGAAGAUGAACCAGGCGCUGCGGGAUGCCACCUUCUGCUUCAUCGUCUCGCUGGCGGUGGCCGAUGUGGCAGUGGGGGCCUUGGUCAUCCCCCUGGCCAUCAUCAUCGACAUCGGACCCCAGACCGAGUUUUACAGCUGCCUGAUGGUAGCCUGCCCCGUCCUCAUCCUCACCGAGAGCUCCAUCCUGGCGCUCCUGGCCAUCGCCGUGGACCGGUACCUGCGGGUGAAGAUCCCAGUCAGUGCUCUUUCCCCUUCUCUCCAUGCCUGCCAGUGGCCACAGGCAUGGGGCCAGCUGGGGCUGGAAAGCCCUGAUGGGGGUGGUGGGGAGGAGUACCCCAUCGACAUCUGGCUGCUGUUGGCUUCCUACAUCCGCCCUGAGGACAUCGUUCGGUUUUCUCUGAUCUGCAAGAAAGCCUGGACGGUGACUUGCACUGCUGCCUUCUGGACCAGGCUCUACAGGAGGUUGUUCUUGGAGGUGUGUGUUUGUCGUGUUGUGAUCCUGGCGCGGUUCUGUGAGGAGUCUAUCUGGGGUCUCAUCGUUGAUGUAGCUGGGGGAUCGGUGGUGUCGCGGAUUGCGGAUGAGUUUCGUAUGUGGCUGGUGCGAAUGUGUCUGCUUUUCUGGUGCAAAAAAAUUGAAGGCAACAGACAAGAAGCAAUGUGGGAAUUCAACUUCAAGUUCAAAAAGCAGUCUCCCAGAUUUAAGAGCAAAUGUUGCAAAGGCCUUCAGCCACCCAUCCAGUAUGAGGAAGUCCACACAAACCCAGAUCAGGAUUGCUGUCUGCUGCAGAUCACCACCUUCAACUUCAUCUUCGUGCCAAUAGUCAUGGGUAUGACAUUUACCUUGUUCAGCCUGGGUGUCAGCUCGGACAUGCGGCACCACCGCGUGCGGCUGCAGUUCCAGGACGCGCCGGAGCGCAGCGGCAGGAAGCCUCGGCCCGACCAGGGGCUGCAGGUGGUGCUGGACCCCGUGCACAGCGUGAAGCUCCUGGACUGGUGGCACCCCCAGUACCCCUUCUCCCCCAAAGCUUAGCCCUGUCCCCCAGGCCGGAUGUGGCCGAAGAGAAGCGCUGGGAGCUGGUUUUAGUUCUUCCCUCCUCCGUUGUGCAGUCUCCUCGCAGGUGCCCGGCCCAGGCUGUGUGUACAGAAGCCCUCUGGUCAGUCACGGGCAGAGCUGAGUGUAAAGCAGAAACUCUUUGUAAACAACAACUUUUAUUGUAAAAUUUACCUUUUAUGAUUUGAGAGGAGCUCCCUGGGACUGUUCAUUUAAAAAUCCUUUUUUUUUUGGUGCUAAAUCCGAGCGGGUCCUGUGUUGUG